CCUGGAUGCCGCGCCUGGCUCUGCGGUCCCAGCAGUACAGGCAGCAUGCAGCAGCAGCCCUCCCCAGGAUCCUUGGCUCCUUCUGCAGAGCCCACCAAGCCCCCUUACAGCUACAUAGCCCUGAUUGCCAUGGCUAUCCAAAGUUCACCAGGUCAGCGGGCCACCCUCAGCGGCAUCUACCGCUACAUCAUGGGCCGCUUCGCCUUUUACCGGCACAACCGGCCGGGCUGGCAAAACAGCAUCCGCCACAACCUGUCUCUCAACGAGUGCUUCGUCAAGGUGCCCCGAGAUGACCGCAAGCCAGGCAAGGGCAGCUACUGGACCCUGGAUCCCGACUGCCACGACAUGUUUCAGCACGGUAGCUUCCUCCGCCGCCGUAGACGCUUCACCAAACGCACAGGUGCCCAGGGCACGAAGGGUCCCGUCAAGGCAGACCACAGACCCCUCAGAGCCACCAGCCUGGACCCAGAAGCACCCAACACCGCAACUGGCAGGUUGUGCCCAUUCCCACCGGAGGUGCCAAAUCCCAAGGGCUUAAGCUUUGGGGGUCUGAUGGGGUCACUGCCAGCCAGCAUGUGCCCGGCAACCAGUGACACCAGGCCCCAGCUGCCCACGGGACGCAAAGAGAUGUGCUCGCCCAAGUCUGCAGGCCCAAGGGAGCUCUCGGAACCCACCCCGCUCUCCCCAUGCCCAGCAUUCAGCUUUUCAGCUCCUUUCUCUGAAGCUGAAAGUCUCAGCAAGGCCCCCACACCCAGUGUGGCUCCUGAGCACCCUGUGGGCAUUAAGAGCAGCUACCAGUGCCGGAUGCAGACACUGAAUUUCUGCAUGGGGACUGACCCAAGCCUUGAACAUCUCUUGGCCUCUGCAGUCCCCACUCCUACACCCUCUACUCCUUCAGCUUCUCACCGGGCCCCGCUGCCCUUGCCAGCUGACUCCAAGGAACCCUGGGUAUCUGGGAGUUUCCCUGUCCAGGGAGGUUCUGCCUAUCCCCUGGGGUUAACCCCUUGCCUUUACCGGACACCGGGAAUGUUCUUCUUUGAAUGACUGACUGCAUCAGCCUGUCUGUAGGGGCUCCGUCUACUAGUCUCCGAAGACACCAACUGGCUGUAGGACCUAGGAUACUCUGCAAGGACCCAGGCCUGGUAGGCCAAGAACUGUGAGGACCGGAAGGCAGAAGUGAGCAGUCAGCCAGGUCCCGGGGCCCUCCUGACAAACUUGGGAUGAGGGG